AAGAAUGGCAAAUGUGGUAUGUUUGGAAGGUAGUAGUAGAACCGCAAAGAUCACUAUAAGACGGGAAUCCAAAUUGAUUCAGCCCCUAGCCCCCAAACUCUAGCCCCCAAAACGCCCUCCAUUCUCCACCGCCGGCGGCGGCGGCGGCGUCCUCCACAACUCCAUCUCCCAUUCCCCCGCCCCGGCAAGUCCCUACGUCGUGGCUGCUCCUCCAAUGGAGCACGGCGACGGGGAGCGCGCCGCCAAGCGAGCGGAGCCCUCCGCUUCCGCCACCGCCGACGGAGGCGGAGAGGAGGACCUCCUCAGCGCGCUACCGGACGACGUCCUCCUCCACAUCCUCGCCAGGCUCCGCAGCGCCGCCUUCGCCGCGCGGACCAGCGCCCUCUCCAGCCGCUGGCGCCGCCUCUGGGCGCUCCUGCCCACCCUCGAGUUCUGCCCCCUCGAUGUGUACCGCAUCGGCCCGGCCCUCGCCGCCCACGAGGCGGAGGCGAGGGCGACCCUCCUCUGCCUGCGCGUCUUCCUCUGGGAAGCCAACGCCGCCUCCGUGGCGGCCUGGAUCCCCGCCGCCGCGCGCCGCCUCUCCGGCAGCCUCACCUUGGUCAACUCCGUGGACGAUUGGGAGGCCGACGGGGGCGUCUUCGAGCUGCCCUGCUUCGAGAAUGCCACCUCCAUCAGGCUCGGCCUGGGGUUUCUCGGCAUCGCGGUGCCGGCCUCUGAAGACCCCUGUGUGCUCGGUGAGGCUCUCUCCACGCCGCACUGCCCGUCGCUGCGAAGGCUCACUGUCUGGAACGCCCGGGGGCAUCGACAGAUUCACCAUGCAUUCCGAGUCUCUGCUGCAGCUGAAGCUGUGCGAUCUGGAGGACUUCGAGCAGCUCACUCUGGUUACGCCGGCGCUCAGAGAGUUGCAUGUCAGCGGCUGCUUUGGUCAAUUUAUGAAUCCGGCUCGGCUGGUUGUCAGUAUCUCGGCUCCGGAGCUCGCGUUGCUUGAGUGGAAGGACGCUUACGAUCCGAGCUCCGUUCAGCUCGGCGAGAUGCCGAAUCUUCAACGCCUGUGCCCUGGCACUUUUCUUGUGUACGGGCCGAAUGACUUUGUGCCCAACCGCAAUGUCCUGAGGCUUCUGGGUCACUUCAGGGUCAUGCACAGUGUAGCCCUCAAACUGUUCUGUAGACCAGACAUAAGUCACAGACAAUACUUGAUGGAAAGCAUGGCAAGGCUCCCUGGCAACAUUACAAACUUGUUCCUAGAUGUUGUAUCAAACGG